AUGUAUUUUGCAGGAAGUAAUUUUGUGUGCCCAAACAGCUGACUGUCAAACCAAGGAAAAUGUUACUGGUUCUCAACUUCUUUUAAAACUUGGAAAGAGAGUCAACAUGAUUGUACACAGCUACAGGUGCAUUUUCCGGUGAUUCUAAAUUUGAGUGAGCUGAUUGGACCAACUCACAGCAAGAGUUGUGCCACGGUAACAGGAACAGUGUAUUCUGAAGCCUGCAACUUCACAUUUGAUGCCGUUUGCCAGAGAGAUGCUGUCCUUCUUAGAAUAGAAUCAGUAGUGUGUGAUUUACAACAAAAUGUAGAAAUACCUCGCACCUUAAAGCACAGACAGAUUUAA